AACGACACCUCGGCAUCGCCGCGCCGCGCAUCCAUAUCCAAGCUCGCGCGCUUGGCUCUUCGAACUUUGCGGCAACUUUACUCCGCGCGUCGAGCCAAAGUGAGUUAAGUGCUUUUCACUCCUGAAAAUUGUGAUUCUCAUCGAUAAAUUUUUAUUCCGCUCAGCCAUGAAAAUACUGCACUGUUUGAAGUAUGGAGGACAACCAGUUCACACAAAUGCCAGACUACGGAAACUAACUAGCUUCUAAACAGCGGAAUAGAAACUAUCCAGAUGAUGAUAAAAGUGAUAAAAAACACACGGUUGCUGUGUCAAAAAUAAGAUGUUCUGCAUCACAAUUAGUUGCCGUAUUAGCAACAAACAUAGCGAAAUUUACGCAUGGAACACUGCUUGGAUAUGUUACUAUAGUGCUUGCGGAACUGUAUACAAAGAGAACGCUGAGAUAGACAUGACACUAAAUGAACUCACGUAGUUCAGUAGCAAUUGUUUCAUGUCACCCGUUGGGGCUUUAAUUAUUGGUUUAUUAACACAAAGCAUUAGCAGCCGUUAUUCAUUAAUGAUAGCUACCAUUCUGCAGACUAUUUCUUGGGUAAUGUUUUAUUGCGCUACUAACUCUGCAAUGUUGCUAAUUGCAUCAGCAAUAGUAGGAUUUGUUUAUUCUGUGUGACUUGGGCCAGGUUGUACGUACAUUGCUGAGAUUUGCCAACCGGAUUUGCGCGCUACACUUCUGGCUUCCAAUAACUUAUUCUUAUUGAUUGGCAAGUUCUGUAGUGUUUUAUUGGAUACUAUGAUGAAUUGGAGAACAAUUGCUCUUGUAAAUUGCAGUUUUCCGAUCUUUGGUUUCAUAGCGAUGUACUUUGUUCCGAAUAGCCCACACUGGCUUGCAAUCAAGGGAAGGAUGAUUCAAGCUGAACAUGCCAUGGCAUGGCUGCGCGGCUGGAUAACUCCUCAGUGCAUACAGCAGAAGUUCAGCACAUUAAAAGAGAUACAUCACAAUCCAGACAAAAAUUUAGUGACCAAUCUUUCGAAUCAAAAAAAUAUUAGCGAUUCGAGAACAUGUUUAAAUUUAAAAGAUACGCUUAGGCCGUAUUUACAGAGAUCCUUUUGUCGUCCGCUUGCUUCUGCUUGUUGCAUAUUUGUGCUGUACACGUUUACAGGAUCGUUGGCUAUAGUAACUUACAUUAUAAUUAUCUUCGAGAUGAUCGGCAAACGAAGACUUGUGUUCACUUCAAUGACUGGCACAAUGUCGUAUCUGACAAUAUCAAUAGUAGUAUUCCUAGUUUCGCAAAAUCACAUAUCCACUGUCCAAUCGGCUUUGACAAGGUUGUUUACAUGCUGAAUGUUGAAAUAUUCCCGACGCAGUUUCGUGGUACCGGUGCCGGAAUAGGACUAUUUUUAUCGUCAUUUCUAAGCGCAGUUGUUAAUAAGAUAUUUCUGUAUAUGGUGAACGGGAUGACACUCCCCGGGGUCUACCUGUUCUUCGCAACUGUAAAUAUAACCGCAUCGAUUUUGUUUUAUUUUAUGAUUCCGGAAACCAAUGGAAGAAUUUUAAAGGAAAUCGAAGAUCAUUUUACAGGCGUAAAAAAAUUAAAACGAAGACCCAAAAAUACCUUGGAAACUUCAUGAGUAAUAAACAAGUAUUAUUCGAG